AUGACUCGUCAAGCUACCCAGCGUCCCCAUGCUGUGACUUCCACUGGCCGACUCUAUUUCCUCGACAUUGGCCUUCCAACCUACCCUGAGCAUAAUGGUCGUAUUCUUACUUGCAAACCGGAUGGCUCUGACAUUCGAGAGUUGAUUACCGAGAUAAGAACAUUGCCUGAUGGAAUCAACGUUGAUGUGGAUCACCAGCACAUAUAUUGGACGAAUAUGGUAGUACCCUCUGCCAAAGACGGGUUCAUUCAACGCUGUGAUCUGUCCGGAGAGUAUGUUGUUACCAUCAUCCCGGCCAGACGCAUACUCCAAAGCAACUGGCUGUUGCACGAAAGUCAAGAAAACUAUACUGGUCCGACCGAGAAGGCAUUCUGUGAUUCUCGGCCAGGGAGAUAA